AUGCCAAAACUAAACAUCUCAGUAGAGCAAGAACAGGCGGCGUUCGAGGAAGAGGUGAAGGCGAUCGAGAAGCAGUGGAGUGAGCGGCCGCAUUUGAAACGCCCAUACACCGCCCGCACAAUCGCCGCCCUCCGCAACACCAUCCCGCAAUCCUACGCCUCAAGCGCCCAAGGUCGAAAGCUGUGGAACCAACUCAACGCCCACAAUGUCGCUGGGACGUGCGAGUUGACCUUCGGCACCACCGACCCAGUCGUGGUCUCCCAAAUGGCCAAGCACCAACAAAGCGUUUACGUCUCCGGCGCCCUCUGCGGCUUCAGCGAGGUGUCCUUCCCGGGCAUGGACGCGUGCGACUACCCAUGGGACACGGUCCCCAAAGUCGUGAAGAAGGUCUUCUCGUCGCAGUUGUGGCACGACCAGCGACAGCGCCAGUACCGGAUGCGACAUCCCGUAUCCGAGCGUGCGGGGUUAGAGAACUGGGACUACCUGGCGCCGAUUGUCGCGGACGGCGACAUGGGUUUCGGGAACCUGACGAGCACAAUGAAGAUGGCGAAAGAAUUUGUGGAGAGUGGAGUAGCGAUGAUCCAUUUGGAUGAUUUGGCGAUUGGGAUGAAGAAGUUUACGGUUGGGCAGGGACGGACGGUAGUGCCUACAUCCGAGUACUUGGAUCGGUUAAAGGCGGUGCGGAUGCAGUUUGAUGUUAUGGGUGCCGAUACGCUUCUUCUGUGCCGCUGUGACAUCGACCACUCCGAGUUCAUCUCCAGUGUCGUAGAUGCACGCGACCACGAAUACGUUCUUGGCGCUACUCGGCAAGUACGGCCACUUAAGGACGUGCUUGCUGAUGCGCAGGCUGUUGGAGAGGACCUCAAAGUCGUGCGCAGUGCAUGGAAAGCAUCUGCUGGUCUUCUCACCUUCGACGAUGCCGUCAAAGCGCAAGCCUUGGAAGAUCAGUUCAAGACAUACAAGCUGGAGUUGUCAAAAGCGAGUCCUUCGAUCGCAUCCCGCCGGGAGAUCGCGUCGAAGGUUCUCGGCAAGGAUAUUUUCUUUGACUGGGAGCUGCCGCGGUCGUACAUUGGCCAGUACAUGUUCCAGCCUACAGUUAAGACAAUCAUCGAACGUGCGAUUGCUGCUGCACCGCUCGGAGAUGUUACGUGGGCACGCAUGGACUCGCCCAUUUGGAAGGAUAUCGUCGAGUUCCAUACCGAGGUCCGCAAAGUCUUCCCAGAUCGACUUUUUGCAUUCGGGUACACGGGUGAUUAUGACUACGGGAAGGCCGGCUUCUCAGAGUCCGCAGUCAAAACGCUGCAUCUCGACCUGGCAAAGAUGGGUGUAGUGUGGCAGGUACAGCCCAUCUGGAGUCUGCAAGGGUUGAAUCUCUUGACAGAACAGUUUGGCAAGCUGUUUGCUGAGGAAGGUAUCGCGGGCUAUAUCCAGACAGUGCAAACGCCGGCUUUGGCGACGAAGCCGAUGACGGAUGGGUUCGAGAAGUUGAGCUACUGCGGUGGAUACCUGGCAGACGCGUUCUUUGAGACUGUGGCCGGCGAAGAGAUAGUCGAGAAAGGGAGUGCGCCAAACAUUAAGAGGCAUUGA